ACAGUUGCUCCUGUUAAAGCCCCUAGCACAUAAAAAACACUGUUGCAUAGCUCAUGGAAACCCCAAAUGAAAACUGGCUUUAUUUAGAACUUGAUACUUCUGCUUGCUGUAAAUUCACCCUUCUGUAUCACAUAUAUAAAUGUUGCUCAGGUUCAAUACUACCUCAGUGAAAGGGAAGAGGAGAGAGUCAUCACAACUCAUUAAGUUUUCAAGAUGAACAAGAUUAUUUUUGUUAUUCUUCAAGCUGCUCUUCAGAUGGCAGGCAGCACUUCACUGAGGUUCAUCAAGCCAAAUGUUCUGGCUUUGGAGGUAUCAAAUCUGUCCAGCUUUGAGGUAUUCCUGCAUUGUAAAGAGCAAUAUAAAGGAGAGGAAAUUUACUGGGAGAGGAAUGGGGAAAGCAUCUCUCAAACAGGGAACUUCAUCACUGUUACAAUAGAUGGGCUGCAUGGGGGAAACUUCACAUGUCACAGACCAAACAGAGAUCUUUUGAAUUACACACUACUACUGGUCCAUCCAGUUGAGUUUCCUAAAAGAGUUCUUACACAAUCUAGUGACAGAGAAUUCAUUUCUUGCACCGCAAGAAACUAUAAUGGACAGUUGCAUUGCUCUUGGAAAUGGCAUCAGGAGCGGAUCCAAAGAGCUGUGGUAUAUUUCACAGCUAUCCGAAACUCUAGUCCCAUCAACUGCACUCUGGACUUGGAUAUAUCUGGGCUGACUUGUAUUGACAAGGAUUAUUGUCAGUACUCUGAAGAGUCUAGGAGCAUGAACCUCACACUGUUUGUCAGAAAUCUUUAUAGGCUGGAGGAGCACCACAGGACUUUCCUCAUCCAAGACAUUGUCAAGCCAGAUAAAGUUAGUAUCACCAAGAUCCAAGAUGAUGUAUUUGAGUGGCACCCCCCUGAAACAUGGAGUUUCCCCUGUAGUUUCUUUCCCCUCUCCUAUGAAGUGAAAGUAGUUCCUAACAAUCAUAGCUGUGACUACACAGGAAGGCGUGUCGAAAAAAAUGAAACCAGCAAGACACAUUACAAAGUGAAAUUUAAAAAAGCAUAUACUUUCUGCGUUCGAGCACAGGACCCACUAACUAAAAACGUUUGGGGUGACUGGAGUCACUGCCAUCAGAGAAAACACCAGCAAACCUGAGGUCUAAAGGGAACCAACCCCCCCGCUCCCCCCACUUGACAAUCUGCUUUCUAUUCCUGAAAAAAUAUUACAACUAUUCAUAUUUAUACAUAUUUUGUAUUAUUAAAAUAUGCCAUGGUGAAAUUUA